AUGAAGUUCUGCAUCCGAAACUUCAUUUGCGAGCACAGUCAGGAAGUGCCCGGUCCUCUCGACACCGUGUACAAUGGACGAAAGAACAAAGUGCCCGUGCUUCACAUUUAUGGCGUCACAGACACCGGGCAGAAGGCGUGCCUCCAUUUGCACGGAGUCCUUCCCUACUUGGUCCUUCGGGUCGGCGGAAAGUCCUCUCCGAUCGUUCUGACUGCGAUGCGCGCAAAAGUGAAUAAGGGAAUCGAGCGGGAGAUUGAGAUGACGACGGGAAAGAAGAACAAGUUCGCAGUUGACUAUGUCUACAAAAUGGAGACUAUCACCAAACGGUAACGGAAAAACGGAAAGCCAAACUAUUAAUAAAACAAUUGCAGACCAAUUUAUGGAUAUCAAGACGAAGAAGAGGAUUUCGUAAAAGUCUACUUCUCCUCCCCGUGGUACCUCCAAAAAGCGACGCAUGCACUCGGAAAAGAGGUGCUCCAAAGGGCCGUUUUCCAACCGUUCGAGGCCCAUCUUCCGUUUCAUCUCCAAUUUUUCAUUGACAAUUCCAUAUUCGGAAUGGACAAUAUUCAUCUGAAAACUGUAAAAUUCAGAGUUGGACCUUCGGAUUCAAAUAACGGUGAUUUUGAAAUGCAGAUUACUGAAUUGCGAAUCUUUCAGAUAUCGCGUACAGCUCCCUGACUUUCCGAGAAGUGAAGGAGAAUGGAACACUUCUUUCUCCUUAUGAAAGAGUGACAAAAUGUCACGUGGAAUGUGAUGCCGUCGUCAGCGAUAUUCUGAAUGUGCAAAUGCAUUCGAGCAAUGUGCACUCCUCGAAUCCAGGUCUAGAAUACAUCUGGAGAGAAGAGAAAGAGCGGUGUGAUGCACAGGGAAUUCUGCUGGAAGACGUCUUCAAUUCAUGUAUUUAAAGUUUUUACUUCUAGACAUUAAAAAGCAUUCUUCCAGACGAACCGCGAAAAGCAACGACGUGGCCACAAGAAAGAGAUAUGCUCAGAAAUGUGAGAAAAUUGGCAAAGCGACUGCGAAAUGAGAGGAAUAUGUCGGAACAGCUGGAAGAUCUGAUGCAGACGAGAAUAGCUGAGACGCAGAGUUCGACACAAUCCGCUCCUUCGGAUGUGACCAUUUGGGAACGAAGAGAAGAAGAGAGUAUGGAGAUGGGAGAGACGCAGAGAGGAAGAGAAAAGACUCCUGAUGAAUUGGAUGAGGAACGACAAAACGAAGAAGAUCGAGAAGAGAACAGAGAAGAAGAUGAGGAGGAAGAUCCAGCGAUUCAGGAAGUGGAGAUGACGAUGGUGGUAGACACUCAGAGAAUGGAAGAUCUGUCGGAGACGGCGACGAACAAGGACGAGCUGGCGGAUGGGACGGAGCUCAGUUCAGGAGAAGAAUUGGACGACGAAGAGUAAGAACAGCUUGGAAAAAAGUAUUCACAUUCGAGCGUUCAGAGAAGUCGUUCAAUGGAUCACGACCAAAAGUGCGUUUGAACAGAAGUUUAUCAGCAUGAAUGAACGGCUGUGUGAGAGUAAUCGACCUCUGAAGCAAAGAGCUGAUCUUGGAAAGUAAGAUCGACAAGUAAUCGUUCUGGAAGUUCUCGUUCUUCUUCACAGAUCGUUCUCUCGCGAAGUCACGUCGUGCUCCACAAUGACCGAGGAAACCGUGGUCGCCCCUGCCGAUUUCUCGCAAACCCAAAACGCUAGCAAAUUAUUGUCACAAACGUCAAUGGGUUUGGACUCACCUUGGCAUUUUCAAUUCACAUGGUUUCAGAAAUACCUCCUCCUUCUGAAAAAAGCGGAGAAUCGGACAUUGUAGGUCUGUGUGUCGCCAGCCUGGAACUGCUUGUGGAGACGAAAAGGCCGAUGCCUGAUGUGAUGGUAGGCAAUUGAAGUUGUUGGAAACUCAGCGUGUUUUCAGUGCGAUCCAAUCGUCUCCAUCUCCAUUGCUAUCUACGACGAUGUCUGCCGGGAUUCCUCUCCCAAAUUCCACGCUCUUCUCACUGUCCUUCCGAAAAGCCACGCUAAUUUCGACCAGCGAGUUUUGGAGAUGAAGGAUGAGACGGAAAUGAUCGAGAAUGUUAUCAGAUUAGUUGUGCAGUUUGACGUGGACGUAUUAGUUGGCUAUGAGGUGAUCCGACUCUCGUGGGGAUACUUUCUACGAAGAGCAAAACUCCUCGAUAUAACUGAGACGAUGGAUCGAAGAAAAACAAUUCAGUUCGAAGAGCAAAGGAAAGAGGAGGAAGAGCCAGUGACUGCGCCGAAAGGACGCCUUCUGGUUGCCGUCUGGAAAGUUGUUCGCAGUGAUCUGACUCUUCGGAACUAUGAUUUGGGUAGCGCCGUGGCCCAAGUUCUUCGGAGAAAGAUUGCAAUGCUCGACAACGCGACACUUACCAGAAGGGUUCAAUCGGGGAGAUCGGCAGUCAGGAACGACGUCUACACUCAUCUUCUGAAGCUCUCCACUGUCAAUAUCUCUCUUCUCACCGAAAUGAAUUGGUUUCUGAAGAAUGCGGAGAUGGCGCGGGUCUACGGAAUUCAGUUCCACGAGGUUUGGACACGUGGAUCUCAGCUGCGGGUCGAGUCGAUGCUUCUGAGAUUGGCGCAUCGAAUGAACUUUGUCGCUCCGUCCAUCACUCAUCUGCAACGCAACCUGUAAUUAGUCAUCUCGAAUCUCUAAUUGACCACAUUCAUUUCAGAAUGACAGCGCCCGAACAGCUUCAGCUGAUUCUCGAGCCUCAGUCGAAAGUCUACUUCGAUCCGGUUAUCGUCCUCGACUUCCAGUCACUUUAUCCGUCAAUGGUGAUUGCUUACAACUACUGCUACUCAACAAUUCUGGGAAAGAUUGCCAACUUGGCGCAAAUGACGGAAGCGAAUUCCGAUAAAGAGGAGAUUGUGUUGGGAGCGCUCAAACAUCAACCAAAUGUGACUGGAAAAUCUCAGAAAAUUUGAUGAACUUGCAUUAUUCCAGAAGGAUGAUUUCGUGAAGCUAGUGGCCUACAAACAAGUCUGCGCAUCCCCGUUAGCUGCGUUGUUUGUGAAAAAGGAGAAGAGGGAAGGCAUUCUUCCCCUUCUGCUCAGAGAAGUUCGAACUCACUGUGCAAAUUGAACCAGAUCGCUUACGUCUUCAGAUUCUGUCUGCACGAAUAAUGGUGAAGAACGCUAUGAAAAGGGCGAAGAGCAAGAAGCUCAAACGGAUUCUCGACGCUCGCCAAUUGGCUCUGAAGCUCGUCGCCAAUGUCAGUUAUGGUUACACUGCGGCGAAUUGGAGUGGAAGAAUGCCGUGCGCAGAAUGUGAGCGAUUAUUUGAGGAAAUUCUAAAAAAUGUCAAUUUUAAGUGGCUGAUGCGAUUCUAGGAAAAGGGCGGGAGACUCUGGAGAGAGCAAUCGAAAUGGUUCAACGGGGAAAGUACGGCGGAGCAGAAGUGAUCUACGGAGACACUGACAGUCUUUUCGUGCUCGUGCGUGGAGCCAGCGUGGCAGAAGCAUUCGCAAUCGGAAAACAAAUUGCGGACGACGUCACCAACUCGAACCCAGAUCCCGUCGUUCUGAAACUGGAGAAAGUGUACAAAGGAUGCGUGUUGGAGACGAAAAAGCGCUACGCCGGCUGGAUGUACGAACAUGAAAACGACGAGGGAAAACUGGAUGCUAAAGGAAUCGAGACGGUUCGCAGAGACACGUGUCCCAUCGUGGCGGAAGUGCUCGAGAAGUCUCUUGAGCUCAUUUUCUCGCAGAACUGGAGGGCUCUAGCCACCUAUCUCAACACCACGGUCAUCUCGUUGCCACGAGAAAACUUUUCCAAGUUUGUCUUCUGCAAAGAGUACAGAGGAGACUACUCACAGCGGGCGAUGGUGCCACAGAAAAAAAUUGCAGAGUUCGUUCAGUUUUUCGUCGGAAAGUUCAUGUAUUCCAUUCAGAAGCCGUCUGAAGCAGUGUCGGUCCCACGUGACACUCCGUGGGGAGCGAGUUCCGUAUGUGAUCAUCGAUGGAGUUCCCGGAUCUACCGUCUACUCGUGUGUCAGACCAGUUCACGUCUACGCAAAGAAUCCUGAUUACAAGGUGGAGAAAUUGAAGCGUUUUGUUUUUUUUAACUCUUCGCUUUGCAGAUCAACGUCUACUACUAUCUGAAUGCUCACAUUUUAGCUGCUCUCCGGCGAGUGACCGACCUUAUUCCGUUGCGGAUCGAUCUUCUGCCACUGACUUCGGAUCAAUGUUUUGUGUAAGAGUGAGAAUAAGGACUUCUGUAAUCACAUCGGCUUCUAGAACGGAUUGUGUGCGACUCGGAAAGUCCCCAUGGUGCGUGGAAUGCGAGAACAAUCCAGAAGAACUCGGACUAGCUUUGGUCCAAGCUGGAAGGGAAAACAGGGCGAGAGCAGAAAUACGGCAGAUUUGCAGUGGUUGCCAGUCGUCGAGCUGUCAGAUCCGAGAAGAACAAGUCAUCGAAUGCGCCAACUACUCGUGUCUUCUGAAGCAAACGUGGGCGAUAAUGGACAGAGCACGUAUGGGAGAAGUUCUCUCGGCACACAAACAUUUUCAAUGUAAUGAGUAG